UGCUCGUCGUUUUUCAACCUGACAUGUUCUUAAAAGUCUAAUAAGUUUCUACAAUAGUGAUUAUUUCUUAUUUUAGAAAAAUCUAUUAUUAUCUUCUAUACACUAUCAGGAAUAUUAUAUAUCUGAUACUUAUCUCUUCAUUAUCUUACUUUCAAGAAAUUUGAAAUGACGAGUAUGGUAUUUAUUGUUUAUGUUGUUAUGACCGAUACUAAGAUAAGAGAAAACAAAAAAUAAACCUAUCAAUCUUAACAUACGAUACAAAUAAAAGAAACAAGAUGAUGAUCAGGAUGCUAAAUUCUUUCAAUGUUUCUAUGCGUCGCAACUGAUGUAUGCACACUGAUAAAGUAUUAAAAAAGAAAAAAGUGAAAGAAGUAAACCAAAGACAAAAUGGAGAAAACUAUUAAAAUGGAAAAUGGAGUAUUUGUUACGGAAACUAAUAGAGUAUUUAUGUCAACCAAAUUGGCAUACGCUUUGGGACAUAUUUUCAAUGAUUUGGCAGCAGCCAUGUGGUUUUCUUAUACUUUAAUUUACCUUCAAAAAGUUGCUCUAAUGGAGCCAAUAAUGGCUGGGACACUAUUAUUAUUAGGCCAAAUUGUGGAUGCUUUUACAACACCGAUCUUUGGUUUUCUUGUCGAUCGUUAUUGCAAGAAAAAGAUCUGGCACAUUAUUGGCUCCGUAUUAGUAACAUUUAGUUUUCCUAUGAUUUUUGGAGGAUUUGCUAAUAGUCCUAACUCUAUCAUCGUAUUCUUUUACAUACUGAGUAUCGUGAUCUUUCAAAUUGGCUGGGCAGCUGUACAGAUUUCACAUUUGUCAAUGAUACCAUCAUUAACAAGUUCAUUACUUGGUCGAACCGAAUUAACAGCGAUAAGGUAUUCGGCACAGGUAAGCGCAGCAGUUGUAGUUUUUAUUGUUACGUGGAUAGUCCUUCCAAAUAAUGGGGAAUCCAUGGUAUUGCUAGAUGAAAAUGAUGACUACAAAUUCAAAAAUAUUGUGAUUGUUAUAACUGGGAUUGGUUUGACAGCUACUAUCCUCUUUCAUAUCUUUCUGAAAGGAAAUCUUUUAGAAAAUGGUAAUCAAUCACAAAGCAAAAUGAAUAUCGAAGAAUCUACUUGGCUUUUAGAUGGUUUAUCGGGCCCUAGGAGAUCAUGGUUUGCAACAUCUAUUUUACUCAGAGUAGCAAUGUUAUACGUUGCAAGCAGAUUAUUUAUAACUCUUGCAACAGUUUAUUUACCACUUUAUAUUGAAGAAACUGCAGUUGGUGGUAAACAAGCGUUAGCCACUGUACCAUUAGUCUCUUAUCUAUCUUCAUUUAUAGCUGCAUUGUUACUCAAAUAUAUGAACAGAUCUUGCGGUACCAAGAUUUGUUACCUUACUGGAGCUUUUAUCGGGAUUCUAUCAGCAGCCAUCACAGAAUUUGGUGGUAGUCACGGAAUAAUUACAUACCUAAUAGCAAUUCUAAUUGGCGCGGGUAGUUCGAUUACCAUGGUAACGGCAUUAAGUGUAACAGCUGAGAUCAUUGGUCCGAGAACCGAAAAAAGUGCAUUAGUUUAUUCGAUAGUAACAUUUCUCGAUAAAGUCAUUACCGGAUUGGUCGUCGUUCUUAUUGAACGAUGGAGAUGUCAUCAACAAGAAUUAUGUCCAAAUUACAAUCGUGACACAUUAGCGAUAGUUUGUGCAUCAUCAAUGUUACUUGGUCUUGUCACUUUGUUAUCAGUGUCACGUUGUUUAACAUGAAUGUGUACGUUAUCACGUUAUUACUAUUAUUUUACUAAUUGUUUUAUAUUCUUUUUUAUGUUUCUUUUUUCGCGGAAAACGAAUUUUUUUUAAAUAAUACUCAACACUUUUACGUCGUAUAAUUUUGUUUUAUUAGUAAUACGUAUUUUAUUGUUAAAUUUGUAUUUAGAUCGUUUCGUUGAUUGUUCAGGAUUUAGAAUGAUUAGAAUGUGUUAUUAUAAUUUGUUCUUUUCUUCUCGUUAAGAUUUUUAAUAUGAUAACACUGUUCAAAGACACAACGAAUAUUUGAAAAAAACUAAUACUAAAAGACUUUUAACGAUUUAAUCAAGUAUUACUAACUUUAAUAUCAGCGCAUCAUCUUUCUUUUGUCUUUUUAUAAAAAUGAAUAAGAAUAAUUCAUUUUGAAAAGAAAAAAGGAAUAUCCGGACUUACGUCCAACGAAUAGAUUUAUUAGUAAUAUUUAAUAAUAUUUUUUUUAACUCUUGUACAAAGCUAUAUUAAUUAUAUAUGUAUAUGUAUGUGUGUAUAUUUAUUGUUAAGAUAGAUUAAGAUCCUUUUUAUAAUUCUGAAUUUCGAAGGUUUAUGAACCAUAUUUGUAAUUAAAAAAAACAAGAAAGAUUGAGAGAGAAAAUGAAUGAGAAAAAGAGAGCUACAGAAGACAAUAAUUAUUAAUCUAUAAAGAAAAAUGAAAAUGAAAGAUACAAGAUAAAUAAUUUAACUUUACGAA